AUGCACCAAUUUGCUGUGAAAAUAAGUGUUGAGUUUGUAGAAGAAGGUAUUGUUGAUGCUGCUAUUAUUGUCUUUCCUUCUUGGCUGCUGAAGCUUUUACCUCUCGUAUCUCCUCUACUUCAAGAGCUUCUAUUUAUUAUAAAUAAAAUUUUAAGCAUCUCUGUUGCUAUUAAUUCUGAUUGCUGGGAAGACCUCGAGCAAGAAUGCCAGAACGUUUUCCAUUUCGGCAUCGACGUCUCUGCGGCGGCGGACGUGGAGAAGGAGGAGGAAGUGAGGUUGGUUUGGAUGGUGGUGAGGAAGGGAUGGGGAGGAGCUUUCAUGAUGAUGGGAGUUAACGGGAAGGGGAGGGACGUGGGAGAUACAGGGCUGUGGUUCGAACAAGAGCUUGAUGGGUUGAAGUGCUGCGCGGCGGCGAUGGAGAGAGGCGGGAUGGUGGCGGAAGCGGGGCUGGUGUUUUCCGGCGAGGGGAGGAGGGUGAAAAAUGUGAGCUUGGGGUUAAUGACGAGAGAUGGGUGUAGAUACGUUGGCUUGCGUGAGGCUCUGCUUUACUUGCAGAGUCAUCUUCUUCCUCCUCCUAUUCCUGGCUAA